UCUGUUAUAUAACCACCCAUCAAUCAAGCCAUCGCCGUCUGACUAUCAUGACGACCUUACCAGAAAUAGCAGAUCUCUUCUCUAGGCUUGCUUCCAAUCUCCAAACCCUAAAACCCAAAUCGAUAGUCGAUGAAGGGAAAGAAGAAGUAUCUCUUAAUCUCUCAAUUUCAAAGCUCAAUCAAUCUCUUAACCUUUGCAAAGAUUCAAGUGUUAGGGUCUUGGACACUUUACUCUCUCUUAUGUGCUUCAAAGCACCCCAGGUUUUUGGUUCAACGAUUGAUUAUCUGGUGAAGACGAUUGUUACUGUGUUGCAUUCUUCCGUUAGCUGCGAGGUGCUCAUGUUUGAAAAUGAAGAAACUUUACAGAUUGGUAGCUCAAUUUUGCCUCGUGAUUGCCUGAAAUUGAUAGAAAUGUGUAACGCUGUUAUACAAAAACUAGAGGGACAUGAGGUACUGGCUAGCUCGCUGUUACAUGCUGUUGUAAGAGUAGCAGUUUCCACUUCUUUCUGCCAGUUCUCUUUCCAGUUUCCACCAACUCUUGAAGAAAAAGAAGUUGAUGAAAGAAGUGUUGCUUUUUCAAAGCUUCAUUGCCAUUUGCCAAGAGAAUGCUCCCUCCAAAACCAUGAAAUACCACUGAGGCUGCUGUUCUGGUAUCUUGACCCAGCGUCUCUGCAGCAUGAUAUUUCAAAAAUUUUGCAAGAUGCUGUAACCAUGCCUUUCCUUUGCCUGAGUAACGAAUUUCACAAGAGGAUGGAUUGGCGCAACCUGGUUAUAUGCUUAGCACUUUCUCCUGUUAUGUUUAUUGAGACCAGAGCUCUCCUACACAACUGGUUUUUGAUGACGGGUUUUGCUUUCAUACUAGAGUUUCUGGUUGCCUUGAUUUCAGUGAUACUGGAUCUACUUUCAAGACCAACCUGGUGGGGCAUACCAAUGGAUUUGGGAUUUAAGCUGCCACUGUCUGAUGCAUACUUUCCCUGCCAGAGUCAUUUGUUGAGGACCUUGGCUGGACCUCUCUUCUCAGAAAAGUUUGUACAUUUGGUUCAUGUUAUUGGCAGUCCCAUAUCUGGUGCUAGGAAACAAUCUGCUUCCAGUUUCAAGCGGACUGGAAUAAAGCUCGCAACAAUAAAUCAGAAUUCUUUGUGGGCUUUGGCAGUCAACUUCCCAGAUUGGUUCUAUUUUGCAUCUAUUUUGCUCUUCUCUGGAAAAAGUUUCCAAGAUCAUUUUCAACCAAAAUGCAUGAUAGGAGCCCCUAAGAAUAGAGGACCACAUGAUUCGGUGCUUCUCUCUCAAGCUGCAGCAAGGUAUAUUGCUUGGGUCAUGAGCCCUUUAAAUAAAUCCAAUCAGGAUUUGCUGGUUGGUUGUUUGAUUAAGAUCUCAGAGGCUUGGACUCGCCAACAGUUUGGCCCAGGUGUACAUGAUAAGAAAGCUCUCGGUUGUGACAAGCUUAAGAAACACAAAUUUCAUGGCAGCAAGGACUAUAAUCUUACAAAAGUAGGUAAUUCUAAAAUGAUUGACCUCUGGCUCAGAGAAUUUCAGAGCACAUACUUGGAUUUUGCUAAAGAAGCUUUUUAUGGCUCUGCAUCUCGUGAAACAAAUGCUUCUUGUGGGCAUAGUUUACAUGAAGACCUACUGGUAAGGGGAAUACCAUUAGGUGUCUUGGUUGGAUGUCCCAAUUCUAUAACUGAUGAUGGAUGUGAACUUUUGUUGCAUUAUGCUGCCACUGGUAGAAUUGGUUUAAUGGAAUCAAAGUUUUCUGGAUCAAAGCAUGCUGAGCAAAUUUCUGAAUUCAAGGAAGGGUCAAAUACACAAGCAGGCAUGUGCAAUACUAAAAGGGAGGCUAUAGCUGGUGCCUGUCUUGCCUUCAGGUUAACUGAUAUUGUCCAGAGUAUGUCUGCUUCAUUCUUUGAGAACCAAGAGAUCGGACAGGAGUACAUUUACCAGGUGAAACUAAAGGCUAGCAAGUAUUUGAUCAAGUGUAUCAAGAGACUAAUCCAGCUGGGUGUGGAUGAAGAUGGACCCAUGCUGCUAAUGGGUCUUCAUGAUAGGUUGCUGCAGUGGAGACAUCAAGGGAAAGAAGUAAUAGAGGUUAAUAAGGAUCUGGACGAUAUCACUAGUGAUUUGAGCCACAAAUUAUCUUUACUGUGAGAAUAUUUUGAAAAUAUUUCUUGGUUUCUUCCUUCUCAAUUUUUGUAGCAUUAACAUGUAAGAUGAAAGAAUAUUAUUUAAUUUUUUUCUCUCAAGCUACAGACAAUGAAAUUGACUGUUCCAUUUUGCAA